UUAUCUCAGGUAAUCCUUUCAGGAAUGAAUGUUCUCUACACAAACGCAAAUGUCAUUUUUGAGAUUCUAUGUUUCCAGGAACGGUCUGAAUGUUUAAUAAUACGUGAGAGCAGGUACAGUCCUGUCAUCAUAAAUCUAGCGUACAGCGUUAGUUCUGGCAGGUCCCGUGAGUCAAGCUUACAUCAGCUGAUCCUCCUCAACCUAUAGAAAUAUUACGCAUUCACAGCUUCCGUUUUGAAAUGCAUUCAACUAAUAGCAGUGUUUCUCAGGAGCAAAUUACCCCCCUCCAUCCCCAGCUCCACAUCACGUUUACAAUCGGGACUCGACUUCUGUUAUUCCUUUUCAUUAGUCUCAAGUACAUUUUAAUGAUGUUUAACACUUAAAUGUCUUUAAGAACCAAUGACAUCUGUUUGUUCUGUUCUGUUUACCCUAAGGGGGGUCAUCGAUGCACCCCCUGCUCUUAUUCAUGCUGGCUGUAUGGAUGGGCUGGGAGUUUUUCCCAGAAGAGAACCAUACCACCAAUCUCAUCUGUAUGCUAAUUGUCAAUCACUUUUGACAGUAGUGAACCUGACAGAAAUCCUGUUAUUCCACAUCAGAAUGAAGCACUGAAGUGAUGUAGUGAAGGUCAUUUCGUUCUCUGGGUUUAAAUCAAUACCGUCUAUCUGAACUGUAGUUUAGCGUGUUAUAUUAUGUGCGUCUGAUGUGUUUCUGAUGAGAUUUCCUGUGUUAUAUUUGACAUGUAUUUUCAUAAACAGAACUGUAUCUUCAGAAGUUUUCAGCAAAAAGAAAAAGCUUUUAAGAUGUCUUUAUAUUCCUUCGGAAAUAACUUCAAACAUUAUUUGACUUCAGCAAUAGGACACAGAGAUCUGAUCUAACCAUCAAUGAGUCUGAGAUGAUGCUAAGUGACAAACGAGACGCCUGAAGAUUUACUCGAAGAACUGUGUUCAGUGGGAUUGGAUUUAGUUGAUUAAUAAGUUAAUUACAUUUUUAUUUCACUAGCAGUCUUUUCACACGGAUGGUGCGUUGUUUCUAAAAGAUUUCAAUCCUUCUUGAUUUUCCACCUGUACAGUUCAUUUGAUCUCAGACUGAUCUGAUGAUGAUGAGAUAAGAUCUCAAUGUGGAUUCCAUGUUCAAACAAAAAUCUUGAUUAUCAUAAUUAAACAGCGUUUUGGAAAUCUAUAUUGAUAUUUUCUGUGGACAUACCAAUAUAUGCAAAUAUACAAAUUUGUUUUAAGUGCUGUUUUUAAUUCAUGUUCAAUCAGCUUCUUUUAAAGACACGAACACAUUAUUGUUACACGAGUUGUGAAAAGACUAAAUAAUGAGGGACGGAUGUGUGGGAAAACAGUUUUGUCUUAUUAAUUUUUUGUUUUGGUCUCGUCUGCAUGUUCCUCUUCCUUUCUGUGCGGUUCCUCUUUCUGUUUGCUCACCCCUGUUCUCCAUAACCACAGUGUCUGACAGUAACACAUAUUGCGAGUGCUCUUGACUGUCCACAGGAGAAACCUGGACCAAUCCGGAGAACCAGACGACAUUGAUCCAUGACACGUCUGUUGAUAACUACCUCGCCCCGCUGCCGAACACCAGACAGACUCGCGUCGAUGAGUCUCCAAGAGGCCCGCAGACGCCAGCGAUGUGGAACGCCCAGCACCAGCUGCAGCUGCGUCACAUCCGUCAGCGUCAGGAGCAGGAGCGUCUGUUCCGUCUCCGUCUGGAAGAGGAACGUCAGCGUCAGGAGCAGCAGAGAGCGCUGGAGAGACAGCGACGAGAGCUGCUUCAGUUACAGUUGCAACAGCAGCAGCAGGAGCAUCGACUGCGACGUCAGAUCCUCCAACGACAACUGGACAUCCAGCAGCAACGCAGACACAAGCAGCAGCCGCCGCCUCUGCUCCCGUCACCUUCCUCCGGUCUCUGCACCAUCUAUGAGGCCAUGGAGACGAGCGAGGAGGACGAGGAGGGGGACACGGAGAUCGAAUCUGGAGGGAACGACGACUCUCCGCCUCGCUCCGUCCCGUCAGAUCUCCCUCUGAGGGUCGCUAACGGAAACCUACGUCGCCCGCCUGCGGAGGAUCUGGACUGGAACACUAAACUGGACAUGGUCCAGCAGUUGAUUCAUCAGGCUCUGCUUCUGACAGGUGAAGACGGCUGUCCUCCGCUCCUCUAUCUCCCUGGUCAGGGAGGAGGUGUUCUGAGUCCUCUGGAGAGCGGUCUGUGGCCGCACAUCAUAUCGUGCUUGAACUCCUCCACGGCAACGGUUGCUUCUGUCAGCAGUUACUCUCCCGUCAGUCACAGCAGCUCACCGCAAGGUGAUUGGACGGUGGUGGAACUAGAAACAUAUCAUUAGACCCAAUCCAUCCCAACAUCAAAAUAAAUGAUCUAUGAUAACCCCACUCCACAUACACUUCGACAUGUGUGCCAACUUUCUUUUCUGCUUUCUUUAUUCAGUAUUUCUGUGUGUGGUGUUCUGAACUAAAACACUAAGUCUUUUAAUACUUAAAGCAAACACUUUCUGGGGUCUUGUCUCUGCAUGUUUAUAGUUUCACAUAUCAUUAACAUAUUGCCAUUGUUUUCUUGAUUACACGUGUUUUGUGACGUGUUUAGACAACAUAGAGUUGACUUGACAUCAAAACAUGAAUUUCUUGAUCCUGAUAGGUUAGUGAUAUUUUCAUUAUCACAGCGUCAUUUUUAAACAGUUCUGCAUUUAUUAUCCAUAUCCAACUUGUAUCAGAUAUGUCAAUGUUUAGUUUCACUUUUGUGUCUCUAGAUACGAUUAAAUAUUAAAUGUACAAUAUUUUGCAUAGGGAUAGUUUACCACAAAAUAAAAAUUCUGUCUUUGUUUAUUCACCCUCAAGUUGUUCCUAAUUUGUGAAGAAGUAUAUGAAGAGUUUGGUUCCAAAAUUAGAUAAAUGUAUUUAUUUUUAUGAUUAAAUUGUUCAAAAAUCUAGUUUUUAUUAUGUUAUCAUGUGGUUUGUGUUUUAGAUAUUAUGGCUUAAAUCAAAACCAACCAGCUGCAGUUUGAUUGAUAUUAAUUGGAAUGCACAAUAAAAAACAUGAUUUUAGAAAUUGUUUAAAACGGAGUUAUUUCAUUUUAGAACCAAACUCUUCGUACACACACACAUAAAUAUAUAUAUAUAUAUAUAUAUAUAUAUAUAUAUAUAUAUAUAUGUGUGUGUAGCCGAAACAUUCUUCCAAAUAUCUUUGUUUAGUAGAACAGCAUAAUUUCUACAGGUUUUGGAAUAAUUUGAGUCUGAGUAAAUGAUGACAGAAUUUAUUUGGGGGUUUAUCUCUUUAAGUAGAUCUGUAAGUUUUGCGUUUAAAGCUGUUCUUAGUGAACGCCUGAUGUACAGUAACUUCUGUUUGUUUAGAUGAUGUUUUGUGUAUUAAUGUCGUAAUUGUAUCGAGUCGAUCAUGGCCGGUUUCUGAUGUCCUCUCUGGAUUUGUGCAGUCGUGAACCUCUUCUCUCCCAACAUUCCUGAAUCAUUACCUCAUUUCCUGGGACCCUCAGUUUCAAUAGGUUUCCUGGGUUACUGAUGAUGUCAUGGCAACGUGGAAAAUGGGUGUCUAAAAGACACAUGAGGUAGAGAGUGCGUGCGCGUGCGCGUGUCCUUAACUCCUAGAUAGAGAGUACUUCUCAUGAUUUGCUGUGAGUGAUAGAGAGUUAUCUCUAGUGUGUGUAUGUUCAUGGGUCUCUUUAGGUCGUUAUAUUUUGAACAAAAUAAAUAUUGUAUUACAAAUUGUCUAUAGCUGUAGAAUCAGGUUAGGUGUACUUUAAAUCUUUAACAGACUCGUUUUAAACAUGAGAGGUACAACAGUGCCCUCUGCUGGGCGCUGCGCGACGUUCAGUUCUCAAGAUAAAAUCAAAUCACAUCUCACAUGACAUCAUAGGUUUUUAUUGUAGUUUAAUUCCUUAGUUUUCAUUUCGUUCCUUAUUUUUAUAUGAUCUGUUUUUAGCAAGUAGGUGCUUUCGUAACAUUAUUAUUUAUUGCUACAGGUUUAUUGUGUGUUUUUAUUUUGUCCCAGUUAAUAAUUUUGUGUCUCGACCUAAACUUGUAAUAGCAAAAAAAAGUUUGAGUACAGUUUAAGUUCAUUUAGGUAUUUAAAAUUUUAAUUUAAGUAAUUUUAGGGUUGUUAUAAUAACCACAUGAGAGGUAUAAUGCCCUUGCACGGCAUUAUUGUUAUAUUUAUGUGUGGUUUCAAACCAUAAGAGCAAAUGUAUUGAUUUACUUUUUGCAGUCGUCUUCGUUUCUGAUGUAAACAAUAGCCCAGCAUUCACCUCUGAACGACCCAUAACUAUAAGUACAAAUGAGCUAUUAUAUUACAUUAUUAUAAAUUAUAUUAUAUUUAUUGUACUUUGGGGACUCUGUUAGGUUUUAUGUAUGAUCCGAGCAUGUAGCAUCCGGUAAAUAAAUUGUAAAUAAUAUGAAAAAACGGACAAAAAGUUAUUUAAAUUUACAUCGUUGUCUUAUUAUUUGUCUUGGUGGGCAUACUUUAUUAUUAAAUAACACUACUAAAGUAAAGUUAACUUCAAGAAGACUCAAUGAAGAAAAAGGAAAUCUGUCCGAACGAACCAGGAUCUUAUUUUUUUUCCAGUGCGUUGUUAUAUGUUCUCAGUUUUGGAUGAAUAUUCCUUUAAUAUCUAAUAAUGGCUCUUAUGUCACUCAUGCUUUUAUUUUGACCUGAUUGUGUCAAUGCAAGUAUUCAGUAUUCAUUUAAAAUUGCUCAAAGCUCCCUGAACUAGAAGCAUUUGUGAGGAUUUUGUUAAAGUUCCCUUUGGCAUCUUUAGUAUGAAAGUGUGUCCAUUGCGUCAUGACCGACAUCCCUGUGAAAGAUAUUAUGAUUAUUACAAUAAAUUGUGUGAAAAGGAUAAAAGAUUAAGAUGGUAUUUGGACAUUUAUUCAAUAGACGUGUCCAUGCUGAGAUAUUUUAUGUCAACUGUUAAAAUCCCUAUACGCGUUUAAUAAAAGACAUUGACGCGUAAAUGUUUCGUACAUUUAUUUUAAACAGCAUUAUAAACUACACGUGGACAAACGUUGCAAUAGCAGAUUUGAUACACAAGGGGGCGCGUUUUCCCAAAUAAACCCCCUCAAUAAAGUAAAACAAUUCUGUGUGUAAAGUGAAAUAAACUGUUGAAAACAAACGAACAAAAAACGUUCAUCAAUAUUGCAGAGCCCUUGAAUGUGGAACGGAUACAGAAUAAUUGAAAUGAACUAUUAGGACAAUUACUGCAGUCAUUGUUUUGAAACAUGAUUGCUAGAAAUAUAAAUAGAUAAGAGAAUCUGAAAUAGAAAUAAUUUCAUGUGAUAUCUGUAACGUGAUCAUUUAAUUCAAUUCAGAAGCAUAUCUUGUAAAACAUCACAUCAUUGUGAACUUCACUUCGAUCAAUUCUUGCAAAGACGAUUAUAGUGGACGCGAAUGCGCUCUGCUCAACGGCGCACACAUGACCGCGCUCCGGACGACCACCAGAGCGCGCGCCGACGGAGCUCGAGAUCAGUGGUGAAGAUGUGUGCUCGUUCGGCACGACAGACCGUCGGGUUCGUGUCGUUGAGUCUGAUGAUGACGAGGAACUGUAGUGUGUAAAGCGCAGAACAGAGCCCGCGGAUUUGACUGAAGGCGGUGAAUUAUCGUUUCACGAAGGCAAACGGAGCAUAUUUAUCUCUUGAUGAGGUUUCAUUAGCGUGAAACUGAAGCUCUUCAGGUGAGAAGUAUCGGCAUCUGUUACCUGAGAUG